UUCUUAGCCGCCAAAACGCCACGCGACUUCAUGCCGACGGCACCAUCGGGAACAACACUCUCGUCUUCUCGUCAUCGGACAUAUCCUCGCACGCGAUAUUUACAUUUUGCCCGUACGAGAAAUCGCGAGGUUUAUCUGGUGAUGGUUAUUAGUUAACGAGUUCUUUAUGUUAUAAGUUUAUUUAUUUUAGUACACUGUUGUGCAAAUUGUUGAACAUUGAAGUGAAAAAAUAAUAUCUUCAGUGAUUUCUGUGAAGAUACAUCUUUUGGAUCUGUUUUGGAGCUUUCAGUUCACUUCGAUAUAACACUUGGAAUAUAAAGCGAAGAGUCGAAAGGCCCAAAGAUUCUGCCUUCGCAGCAACUGAGCGCUACGGUCGCUCCAUGGCCGGGCGCCACCGGCCUACUGGCCUCCGUUACCGCUGACGAUAUGGCUCAUAAAGGCCACAGUGGUGUUAAUCAGCUUGGUGGUGUCUUUGUCGGAGGUAGACCACUUCCAGAUUCGACUCGGCAGAAAAUAGUUGAGUUGGCACACUCAGGUGCUCGACCUUGUGAUAUUUCGAGGAUUCUUCAGGUCAGCAAUGGAUGUGUUUCCAAAAUACUGGGCAGGUAUUAUGAGACAGGGUCAAUAAGGCCUAGGGCAAUUGGAGGAAGUAAACCACGAGUUGCAACAACUGAAGUUGUUGGAAAAAUUUCCCUUUAUAAAAGUGAAUGCCCAUCAAUAUUCGCGUGGGAGAUUCGUGAUCGAUUGCUACAAGAGGGUGUUUGCACCAACGAUAACAUUCCAAGUGUAUCGUCGAUCAACAGGGUACUGAGAAACUUAGCAGCUCAAAAAGAGCAACGUCAGCAACAGCACCAACAUCAACAACAACAGCAACAAGGCGUUGGCACAGGAGUUGGAGUUGGAGUUGGAGCUACAAGCCCAGCUGAAAGUGUUUACGAUAAGCUGAGGAUUCUGAACGGCCAAUCAACUGGUUGGCCGCGUCCUAAUCCUUGGUAUCCCACGGGUGCUGGAAGUCCAUUUCCGUCGCUCCAGUCGAGUCUCAGCCCGAGUCAUUGUACAACGUUACCUCCUGAUCCUGCGGACAUUCUUCAUGCGAAAAAAGUUGCAGAACUCGAAGGUGGUGCUCAUUCAGAUGAGACCAAUAGCGGAGGUGAUAAUAGUAAUGCUGGCAGUAUUUCCGGUGGUGCUGAUGAAGAUCAGGCUCGUUUAAGGCUCAAAAGAAAGCUCCAAAGAAAUCGAACGAGUUUUACUAAUGAACAGAUUGAUGCACUAGAAAAAGAAUUUGAAAGAACACAUUAUCCUGAUGUAUUCGCUCGUGAAAGACUUGCUGGAAAAAUUGGUCUACCAGAAGCUCGAAUACAGGUGUGGUUUUCGAAUCGUCGCGCAAAGUGGCGGCGUGAAGAGAAGCUUCGAACUCAAAGAAGAGAUAAUCCACAACAGUCACAACAACAACAAUCUUCAGCGCCACAUGGAGGCAAUGUUAGUCUUGUUGGAGGUCAUCCAACACCUCCACCUGCCGCAGGAAUUCUCGGAGCCCAACCCACACCGCAGGCUCCACCAUCUCCACCAAGAAUUCAUCAUGGAUUUACACCGACAGCUGUUUAUCCUGGAAUUUCUAGCAUGCCUGAUUCAUAUAGUCCAAUGACUUCAAUGCCAAAUUUUACUAUGUCUGGACAACAAAGCCAACAGCAUACAACAAGCAUGUCAUCACUAACAUCGGCAGGUGGAAUGGGUCCUAUGGGUAUGACUGUUGGUAUGACUGUAGGUCCAAGUCCAGCUGCAUGUCUACAUCAACGUGAUAAUGGAUACUCUUGUGGUGUUGCUCGACCGCCAAGUUAUGAACCUCUUCAUCUUGGUUAUGGUGCUCGACCAAGCUGUAGUCCAACUCAGCCGUAUCAUACACCUGGUCUCAAUCAGUACAACCAGAAUGUCAGUUCGACGGGUGAGUGUCUACCGCACUCACUGCACUCGCUACUAGCGCUCUAGCCACACGUUGGAUUCGGCUAUCAUCACGCCUGCUAAUCGGAUUAAUAUCACCAGGUGUAAGUGUACCAAUCGCUAUUCCUGGUCAUCAGCCAACACCAGAUAUGGCAGCCCAAUAUUGGUCACCAAGGUUGCAGUGAUCCUGGUGGUUGUCCACGUCGACCUCAAUAUCUUAGAGACGUUCCUCAACAACACUAAAAGUAUUGUGAGGCUAAAUAAAAUUAAGGUCUUCGUGACAAAUUUGAAUGUUAUCAACUGCCAACCUUGAAACAACUUUCUUACUUUUUAAAAAAAAGGGAGGAAGAAGAAGAAAACAAGAUGUUAACUUUAUUCGAUCACAAAUUAACUAGAAAAUACCAUUUUCUCAACUAAUUUUUCGAAAAAUAGUGAAAAUUAUUAGUUAGUUUAGUAGAUGAUAAACUUAAUUAUUAAGUCGAUACUAAUUAUAUUAGUGAUAUUUAUCUAUUGGUGUAAUACGAAAAAAAAGAAAACAGACCGUAUUAGCGGUAAUCAAAGAAUGAUUU